GGAAAAGAUGAUAUUCCCCGCUUGAUUCGCUAUUUCGCAGCUCGAUUGUCCGCCCUUAGAAAGUUGUCGCCCCUCCCGGCUCCGUUUCUUGAAGGGGAGAACUUGUAGCUUGGUGAUGAAGACUACGAAGGGCAAGGGCCCGGCCAGGAGCUCAAGGGAAGCCUUGAAGCCUGCUGAUGACAGAAUGGUUGGAAAGAGAAAGGCAGCAGCUAGGCCCGAUACCAAGCGCAAAGCUAAGAAGGACAAACGGGUCAAGAAAGACCCUAAUAAACCAAAGAGGCCUCCCAGUGCUUUCUUUGUUUUUCUAGAGGAGUUUAGGAAAACUUUCAAGAAGGAGAAUCCUAACAUAAAGGCUGUAUCAGCUGUCGGGAAAGCUGGAGGAGAGAAGUGGAAAUCCAUGUCUCAGGCGGAGAAAGCCCCGUAUGAAGCCAAGGCUGCAAAGAAGAAGGCUGAGUACGAAAAGCUGAUGAAUGCCUACAACAAGAAGCAGGAGAGCGUGGAUGACGAUGGUGAUGAGGAAUCAGAGAGGUCCAAAUCCGAAGUGAAUGAUGAAGAUGAAGCUAGUGCGGAGGAUGGUCAAGAGGAUGAGGAAGAAGAGGAGGAUGACGAUGACGAUGAGGACGACUAAAGAAGGAUGGUGUGGAACUCCAUGUUGAAUAGGUCCAUCUUGUGGACAAUUCUGGACUAUAGGUAUACGACGCGUCGAGCUAACGUAUGGCACUUCUGGUUCUCUUUUUCUUUUUUGGCUAUAGCCAGAUUCUUAUGGCUUGUUGUAUAACAUGUUCUGGUCCACAGAAAGUGCUUGUUGUUGUUUCCCAAGUAACAUAAUCUAUCCUAUGUCUCUGCUGUUUAUUGUCUAGCAUUUUGUUGCUCAUAA